ACGUGAGGAGAAAAAUAAGUUACAUAAAACUGUGGAAACUGUUGAAUUACCAGGAUCCAGCAAGACAGAGCACAAAGUUUGUUUACCAGACUCUCUUGUAGAAAAUAAUUUAGACGGUGCAGCUUCGACGUCUUCUUAUAACAACAUGACCUAAGAAAAAAUGGGGGGCGGCGAUAAGAUAGACCUUAGCACAACACAAUCGGACAUAGCCGUUUUACAGGAAAAGGGAUUCAUACUAGAAAAAGUUAUCGGAGAAGGUUCUUACGCUAAGGUUUACAAAGCCACUCAUAUGGUAGACGAGACCCGGCAUUCAAUAAUGGCCUGUAAAGUCAUCGACACAGCUAAGGCGCCCAGGGACUAUCUCACAAAGUUCUUGCCUCGCGAGCUAGAUGUUCUGAUACGCAUCAACCACCCUCACAUCGUGCACGUGUCCAACAUAUUUCAACGUCGCGCUAAAUACUUUAUUUUUUUACGAUUUGCUGAAAACGGCGAUCUGUUGGACUUUCUCACUCAAAACGGGGCAAUACCGGAAAAUCAAAGCAGACUGUGGAUGCGGCAAAUCAUAUCCGGCCUUCAAUACAUUCACACAAUGAACAUAGCUCACAGAGAUCUAAAAUGCGAAAACGUUUUGGUCACGGCCAAUUAUAAUGUUAAAAUAACUGAUUUUGGAUUUGCACGUAAUGUGCGUCAACGAGAUAGAGACGUUCUAAGCGAGACGUACUGUGGUUCUCUUUCGUACGCCGCUCCCGAAGUACUAAAGGGGGUGCCUUACAUGCCUAAACUGGCCGAUAUGUGGUCGAUCGGCGUUAUACUAUACACCAUGCUCAACAAAGCUUUACCUUUCAACGAAACGUCCGUCAAAAAGCUGUACGAAAAACAGGUAAUGCGCAAGUGGCGGUUCCGUACGACCGUUGUUAAUCAGUUAUCUACGGAAUGUAAAGAGCAGGUGACGCAGUUGAUGGAACCCGAGCCUAAAUCUCGACCCACGGCAAGCGCUGUGUUCAACGGAACUUGGAUAGGCAUGGACUCGAGGCUUGCCAAACUAACAUUUUUGGAGGAAUCCCUAUUAAAGCAAGCCCACGAAGAAUCGCAAAAAAGAGAUAAUAGUACAGAGGAAGAUAGUGAAGUGGAAAGGAUAGCCGAACUGCGUCGCAAAGGACGCGGUAAAGAGGGCUUGAAAGUAUUGAAAAACGUUGACGCCAAUUACGCUAAAUCUCUAUAUUUAUUCGAAAAUAAGGAUUGAAAAUAAUGAAAAUCAGGUUUUGUGUUCAUCCAUUAUUUAUUUUUAACUUU